ACGGGUGGGGGGCGCGCAUCGUGCACUUGCAGCAGAGACAGGAGCCGCCGGCGCGAGCAUUGCUCAGCAGCUGAACAAAAGCGUCUUUUCAUUGAGGAGCAAGGAACUGCCACAAAAGGAGUGCUGUUCUGUUCGCUGCACAGACUUGGAAAAAACGUUUGAAAUGCUGGACACCCCGAACACCCAAUACGACUCCUUCCUCUUCUGGAGGCAGCCAAUCCCGCAGCUGGAUCUGUCCGAGCUGGAGGGAAUGGGAUUGAUCGACGGGCCGCCAAUCAAGGGGGUCCAGGCGGAGAAGAAGCAGAAGGCCGGCCAGGAUUGGGAGAAGGGCGAGAAGGAGGCGGGGCUAUCCGAGUACAACUCCUUCAACUACUGGAGGGAGCCGAUCGGCAGCAUCGACUUGCUCGACUUCAACCUGUUGCUGUGAGCCCCCCCCCCCCCCCAUCAUCAUCAUCUCCAGUGACCUCCAUCUUGGAUCUCACCGGGAUAAGACCCACGCCUUUUUUUGUUUCUGACCUGCUGUUUAAUAACUGUGGACAAUAAAUUGGUCCCAUAGUAUUUGUAGUCUUAAGAAAUGAUCCUGAGUGCUGCCACACAGUGUUAACGCUAAACGGUACAAACGGUAGACGCACAAAGUGGGGCGCGGCGGGUGACGUUCUUGAAAGUAGAAGAUUUUGUCCGGUUUGAUCUUACUUUGUCACGGUGAACUGCAUGACAACAGGCUUCCUCUUAAGCACUUAAAUGAUUUCAGCUGUUUAUUGGGUACGAAUGCCACAACACAGAUGUCGGAAUCGUGUCUGAGCUAGGGGGGAGCAGUUGUACUAAUUUAAACAUGCCUUUGUUAAAAGAUUAGCUCAAACUCCGGCCACACUGCAAGGUGACAAAAAGGGACGGUGAAUUUGUGGGAGACCUGCUUUCAUUAAAACGUGCCUGCUUUUGAGUCAAACUGGGUCAUGAGUCAACCAAGGCAAUUAGCCUGGUCUGUCUGACCUUGUAAAAAGCAUCAGCGCAAGAAUGAAUAGCAUCUCUGACUUAAUGAGUGUUAAAAGAAAGAAGAUUUUUGUUCAAGCCUUCAGCAAGCCAAAAACACAAUGGUCUACUUUUGCGCUUUAGACAAACUUGCCUUUUUUGAGACACUAUGUAUUUAUUAACAUUAAUAAAAGUAUUUAUUUGGUAUAAUUCAUUAUGCUGCUUCCAUCUACUGUGAGCAGGCCUCAGAGUAUAACUACUUGUGAAAAAAAUGAAACGGUUCACAUUGCCACAAGUUCGGUAUGGCAGUACUGGACUGCUACGCUUGUUUUCUGGUUAUUGUAGUUUGAAUUUCAGAGAAGGGGAAAUGAUGUAGGUGUUAAAGGUGGAUUGUAAUGUUUACAUUACUGUAUAGUAUGGAUCUUUUUGGAGGUGAAGUGUUACAUUUUGGCCCCAAGGUAUCAACUCAAACACUGUCUGGUAAGGCUCUGUGCCAGCCAGACUCCGGGGGUGAUGGCACACCAUCUUGGUUUGAGUGAAAAUAAAGACGUCUGAACAUAA